AUGCAGCUGACACGGUGCUGUUUCAUAUUUCUCAUCCAGGGGAGCAUCUAUCUGCUGGUGAUCUGUGGACAAGACGAAGCGACAGACGAGGAGGAGGAAGAGAGCGGAAAACCAUCCAAAGAGCAACAACGGUCCCGGCUACAGAAGAAAAAAGGCCAGCUCUCCUUGAAGUCUACAGCACCCCAAUCUCACUUUCAGAACACAACUCUGCUGGAGUUGGCCUCCACCAACCCACAAGAAUUCUGGGACAUCUUAGAUAGCCUGUCCAAACAGGAUCAAGCCGGGCAACCCCGAAGCCGAAGGGACUCUGUCGGCAACUCCGGUCGACUUAAGAAGAUAUUUGGCUGGGGCGACUUCUACUCUAACAUCAAGACGGUCAAGCUGAACCUCUUGAUUACAGGGAAAGUGGUUGACCAUGGAAAUGGCACCGUAAACGUGUUCUUCAGGCACAACUCCACUGGACAUGGGAAUAUCUCUGUCAGCCUAGUGCCACCCAACAAAGCAGUGGAGUUUGACCUCGAGCAGCAAAUCUUCAUUGAGGCAAAAGAAUCCAAGAUCUUCAACUGCCGGGUGGAAUACGAGAAAGUGGACAAGGCAAAGAAGACCACCCUCUGCACCUAUGACCCUUCCAAAACCUGCUUCCUCAAUCACACGCAAAGCCAAGUCUCCUGGGUUUGCUCCAAGCCAUUCAAGGUCAUCUGUAUCUACAUAACCUUCUACAGCAUAGACUACAGGCUUGUCCAGAAAGUGUGUCCAGACUACAAUUACCACAGCAAUGUUCCUUAUUACCCCUCUGGGUGA